AUGGCUCGAGUGCAGCUCCUUGCUCUGAAAAUAUCAGCCGACGCGGCGCCUAUAAAGCUGCCUCACCUACGCGCGGCGCUCUGUGGGCUUGGUGGCUGUGCCACGAUGCAGUCAUCUAACCCGUUCGCCUAUGCUACGCAGGUCAGUAAGCCGUAUUGUCUUUUCACAAAAAAAUCAAGCGACUACUGUCUUCUGCAGCUACCAGGCCCACAGUGCUGCCUUUCCAUUGCUAUUGAGUGUGCUGAUGUUGUACGUGCUUUGUUGUUACUGGCCGGCGAUGUCGAGACAAACCCAGGUCCUGACGCGGUUCUCGAUGAACUAAAAAAACUAUCUGCUGGACAGUCACAACUACUCACCGAGGUUCAAGGUCUUAAAAAUCAACUAAAAACUACGGAACAAGCUAUAUCUGCCCUCAGUAACAGAUUAUCCGACCUAGAAACUCACUAUCAAGACAUGGUUGCCCUACGCACCGAUAUAGAUUCGAUAUGCGCUAAUGCCACCCAAACAGCCAAAGACAUCAGAGAAAUAGAAGCCCGCCUGGAUGACGCGGAAAAUCGCUCGCGGCGCAACAAUCUAAUUUUUUAUAAUAUCGCAGAUAACAAUAAAUCGGAAACCUACGCCGAAUCUGAAGAAACAGUCCUUCGCCUCUGCCGUGAUCACCUAAAUAUAACCAUUGACCCGAAAGAAAUUGAACGGGCUCACCGUCUUGGACGCCAUUCUGCUGGGCGUGUUCGCCCAAUAAUAGUUAAAUUUACAUUUUUUAAAACCAAGGAGUUUAUCCUUUCCAAUGGCCGUAAGUUGAAAGGGACUGAUUACGGCAUUGGGGAAGACUUUUCAUGCCCUGUCCGAAUCGCACGAAAGUACCUCAUUACAUUUGCCAAAACUAAAGCCACAAAAUUUUCCUUGCGCUACAAGACAUUGUCCAUUGGCCCUAAGCGCUAUGUAUUCGACGAGCCAUCGCAAACGAUAAAAGAAAUCGCAUAG